AUAAUAUCAUAAAGAGAGAUAAUGAGAAAUGCGACGGAGUGUUGUGUGGGUUGAGCGUGCGUGCGUGCGCGACGCUGGAUGAGGUAGGGCUGAAUGGGCGUGGCUAUGGAGGACACACUACGCUGUUAAAGCCAGUGAAUCGCUGUCUGUCUCGUCAGCUGUGUUUUGUUGACGCAAGGACUGUUGGCGUGUUCGUUCAGUUGAUGUGGACGUCGGCAACUAGACAAUCAGUCUCACAAGGAGUACCCUGACCCUGAAAACCCCGACGAGAUGAGCACCGCCCUGAUCCUGGUUGGCGGCUUCGGCACGCGGCUGCGGCCCCUGACUCUCAGCAGGCCGAAGCCGCUGGUUGAGUUCGCCAACAAACCGAUGCUGUUGCACCAGAUCGAGGCCCUUGUAAAGGCCGGCGUCCGCAGGGUCAUCCUCGCCGUUUCCUACCGUGCCGAGCAGAUGGAGCAGCAGCUUACAGUUGAAGCCGACAAAUUAGGGGUGGAACUGUUGUUCUCCUUGGAGUCUGAGCCUCUGGGAACUGCCGGUCCUCUAGCCCUGGCCAGAUCGCUACUGCUCACCCCGAGCAACGAGCCCUUUUUCGUCCUCAACUCCGACAUCAUCUGCGACUUUCCCUUCACUGAAAUGAUCGCCUUCCACAAGGCACAUGGCGGCGAAGGCACCAUCGCUGUGACCAAGGUCGAGGAGCCCUCCAAGUAUGGCGUCGUCGUCUACGACGGAUUGUCAGGCCGCAUUAAAAGCUUCAUCGAGAAGCCGCAGGAGUUUGUCUCCAACAAAAUCAACGCGGGAAUGUACAUCCUCAGCCCUAAAGUGCUCGAUCGGAUAGAACUGAAACCAACCUCCAUUGAAAAAGAGGUGUUUCCUCACAUGGCUGCUGAUGGGGCGUUGUUCGCAAUGGAACUGCCCGGCUUUUGGAUGGACGUCGGCCAGCCACGUGAUUUCCUCACUGGCCUCUCACUCUACUUAGGAUCCGUUCGACAGAGCAAUCCUGACUCGCUGUACAACGGCCCAGGAGUUGUCGGCAAUGUACUUGUGGACCCUUCUGCGCGGAUCGGUCAGAACUGCCGAAUCGGACCAAAUGUUGCUAUUGGACCUGACGUCAGCGUUGAGGAUGGCGUUUGUAUCAAACGAAGUGUCAUACUCAAGGGUGCAACUGUUCGCUCACACUCUUGGUUGGAAGGUUGUAUAAUUGGCUGGCGUUCGGUAGUAGGACGAUGGGUGCGCAUGGAAAACAACACGGUGCUUGGUGAAGACGUGAUUGUCAAGGACGAAUUGUACAUCAACGGGGGCCAGGUGCUCCCUCACAAGAGCAUCGCCGCCUCGGUCACAGAGCCACAAAUCAUCAUGUGACUUCACUUUGGAUUCAUUUUUUAAUUAAUGUGUUAAUUUUCCAAACUCAAAUUUAAAUUUUACUUUGGUUAUCUUGUAAAAAACUUUAUAAGCGCAUUAAAUCAGAAAAAGAUCGAGGCUUGCUGUUGACACACGUUUGUUAAAAUUCAUUCCAGUUUUACAGUGAUUGAAAGAGGAUGAUCAAGUGCCAGUGAUCCUGUAUCUAAUUCUUUGUGAUUCUUAUUCAAGCGUGUGGAGGUUACAAUUUUAAGUUCGAGCAUUUUGAACUGUGUUCGCAUUAUGGGGUAUACAUUUCGUAAGUUGUGGCGUCUCAGGUUUUACACAAAGUGUGUUUCUUUUUGUAUAUAGUGCAGAAUGAUUGAUAAUAAUAAAACGGAUACGAAGCGUUA